UUUCUGUGAACGAGACGAUCCCGCCGCACCGAAAGGAAGCCAUCGCGCAUUUUUGGCUCGUGAUCGAAAAGCGGAAGGACUUUUUCGUGGAAAAAUUCCCCUAAACUAGUUACUUAUUUCCGGUGAAACCAGUGUCAUUUGGAAGAACAUUCUCUGUUCGCGGUGGGGGAUAUAUUUUCCAGUGAGUUUUCGAUUUGAAAGCAGAUAUCUGACGAAUUACUUGCGCCUGCUUUGCUUCGGCAGGAUCCAUAACUAGAAAUCAAGGUACCCUACAAAGACGUUCCAAUAAGCGGUGCUUCGAUUGAUUGACCAGAAGGUUGUCUGAAAAGUUAUGAGAAAAUGACUCCUCCACAGACUAAAAUGGGAAAAGCCAAGGAUAACAAACCCUCAUCAGACAGCGAAUCGAGCGAGGAGGAGUACGUCGUUGAGAAAAUUGUUGAUCGGCGGGAACGCAAAGGUAAAAUAGAAUAUCUGCUUAAAUGGAAGGGCUACGACUCAUCGGCCAACACCUGGGAACCGAAGGAAAAUUUGGAGUGCCCUGAGCUGAUCAAAGCCUUCGAGGACACCCGGGUAGUAGCUAAGAAGGAGGCUCCGAAAGAAAAGGAAAAAGAGAAAGAGAAGAAGAAAUCGGGCAAACCUUCCGGCAGUGGAAGUUCUAAGAAACGGGCCGAUUCCGAUGAUGAUGGCUCUGAUGACGACAAGGACGAUAGUGCUUCCACUAAGUCGAACAAAUCGAAAUCCGGUGGAAGUGCUGCCGUCGCCGAUGAUGCCGCGGCCAGCGACGAUGGAAUGAAUGGAUUCGAAAAAGGCUACAUUCCGGAGAAAAUUCUUGGUGCUACCGAAGCAAAUAACGAACUGCUAUUUUUAAUCCAAUGGAAGGACAAGGACAAGGCCCAGCUCGUUUCGUCCAAGGAAGCACGUAAACAUUGUCCCCAGCUUGUCAUAGACUUUUACGAGGAACGUCUCAUCUGGCAGUCCCCCGAUUCGACGGAAUAGGCAACACACCCUCGUCCAAGCUAUAUCCAUAAUGCUAUAUUUCUACGUUUAAACAAUAUUACGUCUCUCAAUGGCAAAACAAAAUGCGAGAGUGAUAUGAUAAUCCUUACGGAGGAUAUACUUAGGUUAAGAUUUUUUUUGUUUUAAGUGAUGCCAACGCGCGACAUGAACGUAUGUUUCCUUUACCUUGCUUUCAUUUCUGAUUAUUCUCGAUACUUGACAUGCAUAAAAUAACAUCAAUAGAAGGAAACGGACAACAAAUAUACUAUUUAAGUGAUCAGAUUGAAAACAGGACUUUCAAAUAUCUUAUAUCUUCAAAACUCAAUUUAUCAAGCGAAUACGAAGAAUCUGAGUAUUUCGUACAAAAUAGCCCAGAACACUCAACAACAGAAUGAAUAAUUUCUCACUCUUUCGGACGAAACAAAAAUGCAAACAAAUAGGUUACGUAUUUUGUUUCGAGUUUCACUAAAGGCGCCCCAGCUCUGACCUUAGGUGGCCUAGGGUACCCGUCAUGGAACGAACCACAUUUACUUCAGUUGUCAUCGACGUAACAAUGGAGAUGUAUGUAAAAUUGUACAAGAUAAAUUUCGAAGAAAAAUAAAAUCUACUAAACCAUACAAUUAGUCAA